CAACUGACUAUGAUUGACUGUAGCAUAAAUUGGAAGUUUACAAAUAUGCUAACAGUGUGAUGCUCUCUGUCUUUUGAUCAGCGCUCUUCGGCUACUUCGCGGAUCGUAGUAGGAGUCGGCAGCUACCAUUCGUUAUUGGAUUGGUUGCCAUGAUAUUGGCUACCUCGCUAUUCCUCGUCGGACGGUCUCUAGGUUUGUUCAUAGUUGCAAGAGCUAUGCAGGGGCUUUCGGGUGGUGCAGUUGGUGCGGUCGGCAUGGCGUUGGCCGUUGAUAGCGUCCCCAAGGAAAGAAUUGGGCAAGCAAUGGGAUAUGUCUCUCUCGCAUUGACUUGGGGCGUGCUGUUCGGGCCGAUUGUAGGAGGGGUUAUGUUUACCAAGGCAGGCUAUUAUGCAGCAUUUGCGGUACCGAUAGCGUUAUUAUGCAUCGAUAUCGUGUUACGGCUUCUUAUGAUCGAGAAAAAGGUUGCAAGCAGGUUGUUGCGGGAAAGGUUAGGAGCUAGAAAUCACACAGAGACAUGCGAUCACCCAUCCCCGCCGGGCUCGUCGAGUCGAACUCAAUCUCUAGGUUCUGAUUCAGAAGAUACCAUUGACGAACAAUCCCCACUCAUCCAACGAGCAACCAACGGCAAUUCGCAGCCUAAUACCACGAAAACACUCAUAAUAUACCACCUGCUCAAGGAUUCCCGGAUAUUGGUUAAUUUGUUUGCAACUGUGAUUCAGUCAAUUGUAUGGACCUCAUUCGAAACGACACUUCCCUUAUUCGUGAUGGAUAAAUUCAACUGGACUCCAAGCGGGACCGGAAUUCUAUUUCUCAUUUUCUCCCUUCCUUGCCUUUUUGGCGUCGUUAUCGGGAAGGGUGCGGACCGUUGGGGAUCGCGCAUAUUCGGGACGUCUGGCUUCACUCUUGCAGGUGGCCCACUCAUCCUUCUCCGGCUCGUGCAGCACAACACAACGGGACAACAGGUACUUCUCGGCGCAUUGCUCGUCCUCGUUGGUCUCGCAAUUACGGUCGUUCAGGUAAUCACGAUGACAGAAAUUUCGCACGCGGUCGAUGAGCUAGAGGAAAGAGAUCCCGUCUUGUUUUCAGGGCCCAGUGCCAUGGGCCAGGGCUAUGCACUAUAUAAUAUGGCUUUUGCUGCUGGGCAGCUUCUUGGUCCGAUAAUUGGGGGCUUUGUCAUCACCAGCGUCGGGUGGGCGGGCAUGAACUUGGCGCUUGGUUUGAUCUGCUUCGCCUCCGCGAUCCCGAUGGCACUGUUCUGCGGAGGCACCAUCGCGUCGCAGAAAGGGAAAAUGAAAGUCCGCGAUCUGUCCGGGGGAGCUGAGGCAUAUGAAUCCUAAGGAUGAAAGGCAUGAUAAUAAUAAGGGUAUUCGGUGAAGGUCAGCACUUAUGCUUCAAUUUGACUUUAAUCCCGGGCAUUUGAAUUUAAGCAAAAAUGAGAUGUUUAUAGUGGGAGCCGCGUCAACGAAGGAAGGGCAUCCUUGUCCAAACCACCUUUUUCUCAAGUUGGAAUUCUUGCUUGCACAAUGGGAACGGAAAAAAAUUUGGUUUGAUGUUCAAGAUUUCUGGUUAUUUAUUUAGUCUUAUCUAGUUUUAAUCAUCUCACAUUGUAUAUUUUUCAGCAAGACUUACACACGAUGAUCUCGCAGGCUUUAUUUAUUAUCCCACCAGCGGGCCACCACCACAGGAA